AUGUGUGUUCAAUUGGACCGCUACUCAAUGAUGAUUGUAUCAAAAUAUUUCAUGUGUUUAUCUGAUUUUAAAAAUAUGGUUUUUGUAUGUAAAAAGUUUCAAGAAAUACCAGAGAUGUUUCACUACAAUCCAAUUUCUAUUUUGUUUAAAACUCAAAAGUAUUUUCCAAAUGUUGAGACUCUUCACCUCUAUAAUGAAAAAGAUAAAUUCCUUUCUAAAUACAAACAAUACUAUGUACAUUACCCAAUCCCUUUACACAAAUAUUUUGAAAUCAAUAAGUGUCGACGUGUCAUAUGUCCAUUCAAAACCUAUUCAAUGUGUCAAGACAAAGGCUUUUUUUAUAAAGACGCAAACAUAUUUUUAGAUAAAGCUUUUGCAAAACAUACUUUAAAAACUAAUGAAAUGGAUUGUACAAACUAUAUUAAAUUUGGUGUAUCAUGUUUUGAAUCUAAUGAUUUAUUGACAGCAAUAACACUGUCGAGUAAUUUGUAUGAGAUUCCAGACAAGUGCUUUUAUAUGUGUGCAAACCUCAAAGAAAUUGAUUUGAAACACAUCAGAAUGUUUGGGGAGUUUUGUUUUUGUGGAUGUGAUAGUUUAAGUGCAAUAACUUUGGGUACAAACAUUAUAAAAAGUGAUAAAACGGCAUUUGAAGACGUUACAUCAAUUCAAAAUGUUACAGCACCUGGAGUAACAAGUGUCGACUUAUAUAUCACAGUAUCUUCAUCAAAAGCGUUUACUAAUAUAAAGCAUAAAACAGUCAUCACAAAAUUCGACAAAAACGUUUUGCCAGAUUUAUUAUCGGACGAAAUUCAUAGAGAUGCGUUCAGAAACAAAGGUGGACUUUCGGAUAUCAAUCUUGCAACCACUGUAACUGUUAUUGAAGAUUGCGCGUUUAAUGCUUGUGAUAUAAAACGACUUGAUUUGUCGAAUGUGAUAUCUUUUGGAAGCCAAUAUGACAUGAAUUUUCUCACUGCAAUAACAUUGAAUAAAAACAUUCAAAUUAGUAAUUUAUAUGAUUACAUUGGACUGAAGAAAAUAGAUGUUAUCGACACUCGAAAAAUUAAUGGAAUUGCUGCGUGUUGGAUGAAAGAAAUGUUAGAUGAAAAAAGUCUCGAAGUUGACAAAUUUUAUUACACUCAAAAAGAUGGCAUUGUAUUUAAGGGUAAAUUUCCCCCAAAUUGCAAAAAUAUUACAGCCAUUUUCGCAUGUUCGACCUUCGCUGAAUACAAACACGAAGAAAUUGUAAUACCAGAGGGUGUACAAUCAAUUGAUAUUAAUGCUUUUGAAAACAAUGAUAAAUUGAGAAAACUUGUAUUUCCAGCGAGUAUAAUAUUUCACGAUGAAAUGGUUGAUUAUGACAAUUUUAAAUUUUCACAUUCAAAUAUCGAAGAGCUUUGUAUUAGACCACAACCAAACUUAAUAAUAACUGAUUGUCCCAAGCUCACUUCAGUCACUUUUAUUGACCAAAACAUCACCAACCGUUGUAUUUUCUAUAAAUGUUUUAAUGUUAAAAACAUUGAAUUUUUAAAUAUGCCCAUGAAUUUUGUAUUUAGAGGGAAUAUCGAUUUUACUAUUUACGAUGUACUUAAGAAUAGAUACAAUUUCGAAGGCGAUGUCGUGUUAUAUUUAAUUAAUCCAAAAUUAAUUGACAAUAAUGGGGUUUUAAAAAUCCCAGAUGAAGUCAAUAUUAUUGAGGUGUCUGCAAUAGAAUCUCCUAAUCUCAUAGAAGUUUGGUUAGGGAAAAAAAUAAAUAUGAUAAACACUUGUGCUUUCUAUCGAUGUAGUAAUUUAGAGUGUGCAAAAAAUAUGAAAAAGUCUGUUGACAUUCGUUGCAAUGCUUUUUAUAAGGUUGGUAAAACAUUCACAAUUGAAUACGUUGAUUAA